GAAUUUUGCGUAACCAAAAUGGCUGCGCCCAGAGUGGAGGACGAGGAACACUUUCUCACAACGGACUUCUACUCAUUGCUUAAUGUUGGAAGAGAAGCUUCAACUGACGAAAUCAACAAUGCAUUUCGACAACUUAGUAAAAUAUAUCACCCAGACAAACAUUUUUCACCAAACAAAAAGAAAAUGGCAGAAGUUAUGUUUACAAAAAUAAAAAAAGCACAUGAAGUUUUAAAUGACAAACACAAGAGAACAAUUUAUGAUAUAUAUGGUGAAAGUGGUUUAGAAACUGAAGGCUUAGAAGUUAUAUCAAGAACCAAAUCUCCUGCAGAAAUAAUAGCUGAGUAUGAAAGACUACAAAGAGAAAGAGAAGAGAGACGAUUACAACAAAGAACUAAUCCUAAAGGAACAGUUUCAAUAGCAUUGAAUGCUACUGAUCUAUUUGAUCGAUAUGGUGCUGAACCAGAUGCAGACUAUGAAAGUGAUAUUAAUAUAGAGAUAAGUAGUAUGAGUAUAUUCCAAUCUGUUGAAUGUCCACUAACAGUUAAAGACACAAUUUUAAUAGGAGGUUCUUUAAUGACACAAAAUGGUAAUGGAGAUGGAACAUUUGUUACAACAUGGAGAAGAUUAACAUCUCAUAAAGGCUGGGCAGAGGUUGAAAUUGCAGCAGGUAAUAAUAUGAAUGGCAGUAUUAAAGGAUUUCGGCAACUAUCUAAAAGAUGCUAUGGAACAGUAGUAGGGUCAUUACAGUCAACAAGAAGAGGAAUUCGACCAUCUAUUGUAUCAAUGUUAGCGUAUCAGUUUGAUCGUGGGUUGCAAGGUCGUAUGACAUUUAAUGCAAGUACACCAUCAUCUGUAACAUCAGUACUAAGUUAUGAUAAUGAAAAAAAUCGGGCUGUUUUUACUAUUCAGCUUGGUGUACCUAAUACUUUCAUUUCCGCAAGUUAUUGCAGAAAAUUUUUGGAGGAUGAUGCUAAACUUCGUGUAGCUAUUAAAUUUGGUACAUUAGGAAUGAUAGGAGAGUACGGAUUCGAAAAGAAAAUAACACAGUUCAGUAUUCUUGGAGCCACCAUGGUAGUUGGUCUACCUGUUGGAGUUAUGCUAAGAAUUAAAUUAUUACGAGGCAAUCAAACAUUUAAUUUUCCUAUAUAUUUAUCUGAAUCUCUAUCACCAAGUGCAGUAUUUUAUGGAACUGUUGUACCUGCUGCUGUAUAUUUCGUUGUUAAAAAACUUAUAGUGAAUCCUUUCUUAAAACAACAAAAGGAAAGUGAGAUAGAAAGAAAGAGAAAUGAACAUGCAGAAAAACUUUUACAAAGAAAGAGAGAGGCACAAUCUGCUGUUGAGUUAAUGAGUGAAACUGUAGAAAGAAUUAUUGAUACGGAAGAGAAAAGAAAUGGCUUAAUUAUUAUAAAAGGUUUAUAUGGUAAACUAGUAGAAGAUACAUCAGAAGCUAAUGAUGAUGGUUGUAUAGACGUAACUAUACCAUUACAAGCUACAGUUAAAGAUUCUAAACUUAUAUUACCAGAUAAUUCUACUAAGAGUUGUGUACCAGGAUUUUAUGAUCCAUGUAUAGGAGAAGAAAAGAGUUUAUAUAUAAGAUAUAAAUUUAGGAAUCGUAUACAUCAAGUCACGUUACUAGAUAAUGAACCAAUUAGAUUGCCACAACAAAAGCAUUUGGUAAAGGAUGAAUUACCUUCAACUAGUAUGAGUUACAGGUCGUGACAGUGAUUAUUUCUAGUUAUACAAACAAUGAAGUCUAGAAAAUACCAGCAUGGAAGUGGAGAAUAUUAUGUUAGUGCUAUUAUGAUGGAUAAAGUCAAGUGAUAUUAAUAUAAAGAUAUACGUAUAUAUAAAGUCAUGUGGAUGUGUUAUUCAUAAAGUGUAGAAUUCUACUGUUAACUGUGCAGCAGGUGGAUAAAAAAAAUUGAAACAGCUGAUUUUAUCUGUUUGUCAACCAUGCUUAAAAUUUGAUUUUUUGUCCAUUUGUUUGGAAAAUUUGUCCAUUUGGUUGGGAAAUGAACAAGGAAAGGUAAUCUUAAGUUUGAAGAUUUGACAGUAAAUGCCCAACUAUCCAGAUAGAGAUCUCAAUCAUGUGACAGGGAAUUCAGGAAAAAAUCCUAUUUUUAAAGAUUAAAUGGUUAUUUUUAUAGUUUGGUUGGUAAAUGUUCAAAAUAAAUUUGAUUUUAUCUGGAUUGGACAAUUGAGAAGUGUAAUAAUCAGAUUUAAAUUAGUGGAUUCAUCAAAAUCAAUGUUUGUUAAUUUAAAAAAAAAAAACAGUUCAGGGAAUCAAUUCCAUUAUCAUGUCUAAAAAUAAGGUUAUUUGAACAACAUAGAAAUUGAUACCACCUUAAUGUUAUUCACUGUAAAAGUUCACGGAUUAAUGCACUGUCAGUUCAUUUUCCAUGUUCAUGAAUCAAUGUUAGAAAGUUUAAUUAAAGAAGGUUGUGUGUGUGUGUGACGUUUGGAGGAUAGUAGGAAACUAAAGUGUACCCAACAAGAAGGGGGGGGGGCUUUUUUCGACUUUGCAACUGAAAGCAACUGGCAUUUUGGCAACUAGGAGCAACUGAAUGCAACUGAAAAAAGUUGACGUUUCCAUGGAAAAAACAUCACAUGAUAAGAGACAUGUGUCAUUUGACUUUAUAAAUAAACAAAAUGGAAGCGAACGAAGACACCCUCUUUUCAAAUGUUGAUGAUGUCGACAAUAAUCUAUUAUUAGAAUUAUGGCAAGACCGACCAUUCGCCAUUUUGUUGAUCGUGUGAUGAAUAAAUUAACAGUUCCGAGUCAAUAUGAGCACUCCGAAUUCAGUUGCUCUCAAUUGUCCUCGGUUGCUGGCGUGAUUGACACAAGCACACUUGCAACUGACUGGAACUAGUUGCAAAGUUGACAGCCUACUUAAAUGGCUAAUCCCGAUAUUUAUUGGAGAAUAAAACUGCUUAAUUUUGUGUUAAAAUCCCUUAAAAUCCUCUAGCUAAGGGCCGAGCAACUAACUCAAUAUUUGUGAUAAGUUUUCAAACAACUUAAACCCGUCAGUCUUCAUAUGGAAAUGGAGACCGGUGUACCAAGCUGUAUUAUGCGGUGUCUGGAUAAAACCAGACUUUUAUUUUAUAAAAAUAAUGUGUAGGUGAAAUUUACCUUUCGUUAUCAAGUAGAGCACAUGGGUCAUUCACUAUAUAGACCUCUCAAGGAAUGGGAAUCGAUUAUCAGGUCACCCAACGAAAAAACUGCCCCAAAAUCUUAAAAGGGUUACGUGUCCGGAUAAGCAGUUUUGACGUUCACGUCCAAACGGCUCAAUAUUUUGAGCUGGAAUUUUGAGAGAAGGUAAAUACACCAUUCCUCUAUAUUUUGGCGCUUAAAUUUCAUACGUACUCUGACUUUUAUUUUUGAGACUCUCUUGAAAUCGGGAUAGUCCCUUUAACAUUGCAAAUCAGGAAUUCAUGACAUAAUAUGUGCAGAUAAUUGAAAUCAGUAGAAAAGUAGCUGGGGAGCUAAAAAAAAAAAAAAAGGCUCUGUUUAAUUUGAACAUUUCAUGUAUAUUAGCAUGAUAAAUUUGUUUUUUAAAGUGAGAAAAUGAUUGAAUAAAAACCUCACAAUUGUCAUUAACUAUCAAUAAAUACAUGUAGUUCAGAUGUGUGUAAAAUGAUCUUAGAUAUUGAUACAUAUAUUUUAUGUAUAAAAUUAUGGAAGUAUGUUGUUGAUUAUAGUUAUUAGUUAUAGAAGUAGAGCUUGUUAUGUACAUGUUAUUUGUAAAUAAUACUGUUUGAAAUAGAAAAAUAAAGUUAUUUACUUUUCAAAUUGAA